UCCUUCUUGAACCUUUGGAAGAAGCGGGGGUGGGGUGGGGUGGAAUUCGAAUUCGAAAAGAAUUGACAUCCCCGAAGGGGACGAGGACAAAGACUGGUCCAGGAUGGACGUGGCGGACCCUCAGCCGCUGGGUCUGUUCCCCGAGGGUGAGCUGAUGUCGGUGGGCAUGGACACCUUCAUCCACCGCAUCGACUCCACCGAGGUGAUCUACCAGCCGCGCCGCAAGCGCGCCAAGCUCAUCGGCAAGUACCUGAUGGGGGACCUGCUCGGGGAGGGCUCGUACGGCAAGGUGAAGGAGGUGCUGGACUCCGAGACCUUGUGCCGCAGGGCGGUCAAGAUCCUCAAGAAGAAAAAGCUGCGCAGGAUCCCCAAUGGCGAGGCCAACGUCAAGAAGGAGAUCCAGCUGCUGCGGCGGCUGCGGCACCGGAAUGUGAUUCAGCUGGUGGACGUGCUGUACAAUGAGGAGAAGCAGAAGAUGUAUAUGGUGAUGGAGUACUGCGUGUGUGGCAUGCAGGAGAUGCUGGACAGUGUGCCGGAGAAGCGCUUCCCUGUGUGCCAGGCCCAUGGGUACUUUCGCCAGCUGAUUGACGGCCUGGAGUACCUACACAGCCAGGGCAUUGUGCACAAGGACAUCAAGCCGGGCAACCUUCUGCUCACCACCAAUGGCACGCUCAAGAUCUCCGACCUGGGUGUUGCCGAGGCCCUGCACCCCUUUGCUGUGGAUGACACCUGCCGGACAAGCCAGGGCUCCCCGGCCUUCCAGCCACCUGAGAUUGCCAAUGGACUUGACACCUUCUCAGGUUUCAAGGUGGACAUCUGGUCAGCUGGGGUCACACUCUACAACAUCACCACGGGCCUGUACCCAUUUGAGGGAGACAAUAUCUACAAGCUGUUUGAGAACAUCGGGAGAGGGGACUUCACCAUCCCUUGCGACUGCGGCCCACCACUUUCUGACCUGCUCCGAGGGAUGUUGGAGUAUGAGCCAGCCAAGAGGUUCUCCAUCCGACAGAUCAGGCAGCACAGCUGGUUCCGGAAGAAACACCCGUUGGCUGAAGCACUGGUGCCCAUCCCCCCAAGCCCAGACACUAAGGACCGUUGGCGCAGUAUGACAGUGGUGCCCUACCUGGAGGACUUGCAUGGCCGUGCCGAUGAGGACGAGGAUGAGGACUUGUUUGACAUUGAGGAUGGCAUCAUCUACACCCAGGACUUCACGGUGCCCGGACAGGUCGUGGAAGAGGAAGUGGGUCAGAAUGGACAGACCCGCAGCCUGCCCAAAGCUGUGUGUGUGAAUGGCACGGAGCCCCAGCUCAGCAGCAAGGUGAAGCCGGAAGGCCGACCCGGCACCUUCAACCCUGCUCGCAAGUCAUGCUCCAGCAACAAGAUCCGCCGGCUCUCAGCCUGCAAGCAGCAGUGACUGCAGCCUGCAGGUGGGCGCAAGGCCAGGAAGGAUCAAGAAAGACCGGCUUGGUGCUCAGUGGGUGUCUGCUGUGUUCCUGGCUCUUCCCUUGGGGCAGGGCUCCACUGGUCCCAUGGGGUGAGGUUUGGUGACUGAGACCACAGCCCUUACCAGUCAUGAUUGUACCAAUGGUAGUGUCUACCUCCCUGCAGAGGCUAGGUACUGAGUAACCUCUUCUACCUACCUGCAGUGUGUCACCAGGAUCACCGGGCAGGUGCCCCGGCAAGGCUGCGGUUCUUGGCCCACCCAUGUGGACUGGGCAUUGGAGCCGAGGGUGGAUCACCGCCCCAGAAAGCACUUUAUGUCGAGACCACUGGCCGGCCUCGCCCGCAUGCCGCCCCGCAAGCCUCGCUGUCUUUGGGUUGAUUUCUUUCUUUUUUUAAUAAAACAAGUGGAUUUGA